GCUCCAGUUCCAGUUCCUGGACCUGCCCUGGAAAAGAAGUAUCCAGUAGAGAUGAGCUCACUGCAGUUACUUAAUUAAAAAUUUGUAAGCUACAAAAAAUGGCAAUGAGCCAAUCAAGAACAGCUACAAUUUGAAUUUUUCUAUUUCCAGAAAAUGCUUGGACUGAAGAAAUGAGUACUGUUUCCACUAAGGCCUAGAAUUGCCUACUGUACAGUAGUCCUGAUCAGGCAGUAUACGAAUGGCCCAAGGAAGCCACCAAAUUGAUUUUCAGGUUUUACAUGACCUGCGACAAAAAUUCCCUGAAGUCCCUGAAGUUGUUGUAUCCAGGUGCAUGCUACAGAAUAAUAAUAACCUGGAUGCCUGCUGUGCAGUUCUCUCUCAGGAGAGUACACGCUAUCUUUAUGGUGAAGGAGACUUGAAUUUCUCGGAUGAUUCUGGAAUUUCUGGUCUGCGCAAUCACAUGACGUCUCUCAACCUGGACUUACAGUCACAGAAUGUCUACCACCAUGGAAGAGAGGGAAAUAGAAUGAAUGGAAGUAGGACUCUAACGCACAGCAUCAGUGAUGGACAACUUCAAGGUGGUCAGUCCAGUAAUGAACUGUUUCAGCAGGAGCCACAGACGGCACCAGCGCAAGUUCCCCAAGGCUUUAAUGUUUUUGGAAUGUCCAGUGCAUCUGGUGCUUCAAAUUCAACACCACAUCUUGGAUUUCACUUAGGCAGCAAAGGAACAUCUAAUCUUUCUCAACAAACUCCCAGAUUUAAUCCCAUUAUGGUAACUCUAGCCCCAAAUAUCCAGACUGGUCGUAAUACUCCUACAUCUUUGCACAUACAUGGUGUACCUCCACCUGUACUUAAUAGUCCACAGGGAAAUUCUAUCUAUAUUAGGCCUUACAUUACAACUCCUGGUGGUACAGCUCGACCGACACAACAGCAUUCUGGCUGGGUAUCUCAAUUUAAUCCAAUGAACCCUCAACAAAUCUAUCAAUCUUCACAACCUGGUCCCUGGACUACUUACCCUACAUCUACUCCUCUGUCACAUACCUCAGCCCAGCAGCCAAAUCAGCAAGGCCACCAGACCUCUCAUGUCUACAUGCCCAUCGGCUCCCCCACUACGCCACAACCACCAACAAUUCACUCAUCUGGUAGCUCACAGCCUUCUGCCCACAGCCAAUACAACAUUCACAAUAUUUCAACAGGACCUCGAAAAAACCAGAUUGAAAUCAAACUUGAACCCCCACAAAGAAACAGUUCUUCAAAAUUACGUUCCUCGGGACCUCGAACCUCCAGCAGUUCCUCUUCGGUCAACAGCCAGACCUUAAAUAGAAACCAGCCAACUGUUUACAUAGCUGCCAGCCCACCAAAUACUGAUGAGGUGAUGGCCCGUAGUCAACCCAAGGUCUAUAUUUCCGCCAAUGCCUCCACAGGAGAUGAGCAGGGCAUGCGGAAUCAGCCCACACUCUUCAUAUCCACAAACUCGGGAGCAUCUGCUGCCUCCAGGAAUAUGUCUGGACAAGUGAGCAUGGGGCCUGCUUUUAUUCAUCACCACCCUCCCAAAAGUCGAGCAAUAGGCAGUAACUCUGCCACUUCUCCUCGUGUGGUGGUCACUCAGCCCAAUACAAAAUACACUUUCAAAAUUACAGUUUCUCCCAACAAGCCCCCUGCGGUUUCACCAGGAGUGGUGUCCCCUACCUUUGAACUUACAAACCUUCUAAACCAUCCUGAUCAUUAUGUAGAACCAGAGAAUAUUCAGCACCUCACGGACCCUACGUUAGCGCAUGUGGAUAGAAUAAGUGAAGCACGGAAAUUGAGUAUGGGAUCUGAUGACGCUGCCUACACACAAGCUUUACUGGUACACCAGAAGGCCAGAAUGGAACGGCUUCAAAGAGAGCUUGAGAUUCAAAAGAAAAAGCUGGAUAAAUUAAAAUCUGAGGUCAAUGAGAUGGAAAAUAAUCUCACUCGAAGGCGCCUGAAAAGAUCGAAUUCCAUAUCUCAGAUACCUUCACUCGAGGAAAUGCAGCAGUUGAGAAGUUGUAAUAGACAACUCCAGAUUGACAUUGACUGUCUGACCAAAGAGAUUGAUCUUUUCCAAGCCCGAGGACCACAUUUUAAUCCCAGCGCUAUUCAUAACUUUUAUGACAAUAUUGGAUUUGUAGGUCCUGUGCCACCAAAACCCAAAGAUCAACGGUCCACCAUCAAAACACCAAAGAGUCAAGACACGGAAGACGAUGAGGGAGCGCAGUGGAAUUGCACGGCUUGUACUUUUUUGAACCAUCCAGCCUUAAUCCGUUGUGAACAGUGUGAGAUGCCAAGGCAUUUCUGAGCCAAAAGGCCCUAUAUCUUCUCUAAAUCCACAUCUAAAGUUCAAGAAUCUAGUCUGUCGUCAGGGGAAAAGUUUCACUGCUACAUAGGAUUUUUUCAGAUUGAAGGUGUGACGACAUGGUGGUGUGCUAAUGUCCAGGGUCAGCCCACAGAGCUCCUAAUACCUCAGUCGAAUGUCAUAGGCAGUGAAACCCCUCACAUGGAGGGAGCCUGCUCAGACUUGGCCUGCUGCCGAGGCGUGUCCCGUGUUACCAGCAUCCGGGAUGGCUGAUUCUCAGUAUAUAGUGCUUGGGUGUGCCCUGUACCUUUCCUCUCGUGUCACUACUGAAAUUUGACAGGAGGAAGGAAUCGAAAGAAUGAUGGCUUUUUUCUUUUUAAAGCUCUCAGUUGAAACACUACACACACAAGGUUCAGCUAUUUAAACUGUUUGCUGCCGCAUCGUGCCCAUGGAUGGGGAUGAACCUGGCAUAGCCGCGGUGUCUUUGGCCUGGUCUUGUCCUCCCUGAACACGCCUUCACUCUGAAGCCGGCGUUGGCAGAGACGGAGAGCAGCACGCAUUGUCCGUACAAUGUGCAGUGAAACACCCCGCGCUUUGCGUACUGUACAGAUCUCUUGAGUCUGCUUAAGUGAUUUCUUUGCUCCUUUAUCAUUUUCUUAUAAUUCUAUAUGUAUAGUGUAAUAGUCUGUUGUUAACUAAUUUUCUUUUUCCCUUUUAGUGGUUAAGCACGAUCAUGUCCCUUUUUACGCCUUACCUGAGAGAAACAAUGCCUUAAAAUAAAAAAGCAUUAAUGAAAUGAAACUAUGCACACAACCCUUGUCCUCUCCACGCUCUGAGCGUGCCCCGCCCGAGCCCCCCAUCCUGUGAGGACAGCAGAUACUGCGCCAGGAGCAGAGGAGGCGGCGGCGGAGAGCCACAGGCCGCCCGCGCGGUAGGCACAGCAGCGUAUGUCUUCCCCAGGGAAGCCCAAAACAAAAAGUAUUCGAACCCACUGACAGAGCAACAAGGUUGAGCUUGCUUCAUCUGCCUGAUGUCCUGCAGACCUUUCCCAGGAGAUCACCAAUUCCAGACCAGCAGGACCUGCGGCCCUUCUUACGGAGCCCUUCUCACAGAGCGUCGCCAUGCUUGACUGGCUGGGCAGUCCGUUUCUGAACCUGCUGUGGAGGCAGGAUAGCGCCUGUAUUUAUAAAACAAGGCUAGUCGUACUUAAGACAACUGAAGAAAAGCUGGAAAAAAGAAAAACAAGCAAACUUGAACACUGAAGCAACCUCAAGCAUCUCUGUAUUUUGAUGAUAUAUUUUUAUAAGAAAAAGAAAUAUUCAGAUGACCAGGAAUGUAUAUAACAAAAUGAAAUCAAGAAAAAGAAAGAACCUUAUGCACUUAAAAAGACAGAUGUAUGAAACUAUAUCAGUGCUUAGAAAUGGGGCUAAGGGAAGUGCUGAAAUGUAACUAAAAGAUAAGCGAGACCAUGUAGACUGUCACCCACUGUCCCUGUUUUCCAAGAACAAGGGUGCCCCAGGUGAGCUAAUGACGCCUGAGCCUCGGCUCCCGGGCAGGGUGUUUUGUAUAUGAGGAAAAAUACGACAUUUCUGGUUGACUAGACAAUAGACCCAAAGCCCUUGCAUUUGAUGCAUUUUGUUUUAAAUGUAGGCCUUGUUUUUCAGCUUCAUCUGCAGUUCUAUGUGAAGAUUGAUAAAUCAGUUUUUACUUGUUUUAUUAAUAAAACGUAAUUUGGAUAUCUUGAGUUGAUGGUUUUGUGAUUUAGCUGGGUAAACUAUCUUUGUAACAGAUAAGUUAUUUAUAAAAAUUAAAAAACUUAUAUUCUAAUUUG